GGAUUGGACUUUGCUUCCUUGUUUGUUUGCGUACACCUGAGUCGCCCAUGUGUUAGGUGCUACUGUGGCAGUCUAAAUGUUGGUCUUAUUUUGUCUAUUAUUAGUGUCUCCUGUCCUAAGUAUUAAAAAUGUUAACGUGACACGCACGAUCCGUUUCAAAGGAAGCGUUGUGAGGAUACACCAUGAUAUUGUGCUAAGUGAAACACCUUCUGAAUAUCAGUUUGUUUUCCAAGAAAAGAAGGGAGAAGUUUGGCAUUUAUCAGCGCAUCGCUCAGUGAUAAUAAAUUGCAGCGCGAAGUUUCUGUCAAACCAGCUCCAGGGACCUCCUAUGCAUAUUUAAUAAGUCUUGGGAAACCAUCCACCCAACAGGCUCACUUACUCAUAGACGUAGUGUUGUCUGAGUGGUUGGAACCAAGGCCUGCAGAGAUUUUUCAAGCUGAGAAGCAGACAGUUAAGUUCAAGGGGAAUGUUUACUUUUUUUCUCCAUAUCCAACUGACAGUCAGUUGACAACUGUCCAUCUGCCUAAGGGUCAACUUCUAACCCACACCAUAACCUCCAAACCACCCGUGGUGAUCGGAAAUGAUAUAGUUUAUGGCCCAUAUGAGAGUCUUAAAGCUUUUCCAACGGAACCGCUUGUCCUGCAUUUCGAGUAUAAUGUUCCAUUCCUGGUGGUUACUGAAAUGACUCGCCUUAUUGAAGUAUCGCAUUGGGGAAACAUUGCCGUUGAAGAGACGCUGGAAAUCGUAAAUAUGGGUGCUAAGUUACGUGGUCCGUUUUCUCGUCUGGACUAUGAUUAUGGCGUGGGACAACAGUUAUCCGUUGACUCUCUCAAAACUGCUCUACCAGCAUCUGCAAGAGAUAUUUAUUAUCGAGAUGAAAUUGGAAAUAUAAGCACAAGUACAGUCAGUGAUUUAUUGGACUCUGUGGAAGUGACACUAGUCCCGCGAUUCCCGCUAAUGGGUGGAUGGAAAACACGCUAUACGCUGGGAUACAACAUACCGGCCUAUGAAUUUCUCUACCGUAGUGGUUCCCAGUUUGCACUUGUAAUGCGGUUCAUUGAUCAUGUUUACGACAAUCAAGUUAUACGCAACUUGACUUUAAAAAUAGUUCUACCUGAAAUGGUUUCUGAUAUUCACUUUGAUCCUCCAUUUCCCGUUGAUGAGAAGUAUUUUGAAAAUAUGAAAACAUAUUUAGAUACAUCAGGUCGUACCGUAAUUGUUUCCAAGGCCAGCAAUCUUGUUGAUGAACAUAUGCAAGAUUUUAAGGUUCGGUAUCACUUCAGUCUACCGAUGAUCCUCCGAGAACCUCUGAUGCUGGUUGUAGCCUUCUUAUGCAUAUUCUGUGCUAUCAUGAUUUAUGUACGAUUGGAUUUCUCAAUAUACAAGGAUGAAAAAAGCGACCUACGCCUUCGAGCUCAAACAUUGGUAGAUGAAGCCCAAGCCCUACUUAAUUGUCGUUCAGCUCUUUAUCAGGCUUAUGAAGAUGCUCUGUCAAAGUAUAAAGCGAAUAAAAAUAACACUCAAUUUACAACUGAUCGUCGUAAAUUGGAGACAGAUCAUAAGAAUAUAACUCAACAGUUGCUGUCGGUUCAAAAUAAAAUGGCAGACCUUUACACCGAUGGAGUUGAGAAGUUGAAUGAAAUCAAUAGUUUGGAUCAAUAUUAUCGUGAUUUAAUCCAAGAAGGUAUUCAACUAGCUGAAAAACUACUCGCUGGGAAGUUGACAAAAGCACAAUAUCAGUCAUUGAAUGAUGAUUUGAAUUCCAAGAAAGCUGAUACUAUCUACAAAAUGGAUUCACUUUCAGAAUGUCUCUAGCAUAUUAUACAAGGGACUUAAUCGUGUAUUAUUAUUAUUAUUUGCUUAUUUUCAUUUCUUCUGUUGUGUAGUCUUGGGUUUUCUCAAUGCUUCUUCGUAAGUGUUUCUUUUUGUACUUGUUUGAUAAAGUAUUUCAAUAAACCAUAUGUUCAUGAUUCUUCCAUAACUUUUCAUAUUUAUUCAGUGUUCUUUUUUACUGACUCAUCAUGCACUCUAGAAACCAUGUGAGAGACAGUUUGG